AUGUCAGAUCCGAAUCCGUGGCCCAGCAAGUUUCAGCGCCAAUUGGACCUGGCCAACAAGCAAAUCUCCAUUGUCUCAUGGGGCAUCGACUUCCGCUACCGCGUUGGGUCAGGUUACAAGCUGGGGCGUGAAUGCGUGCCAUACAAAUUGAUCCAAGAGUUUGGUGAUGCUGCAAUUAUCCAAUCGGAUGUGAGGUCAACGUGGAAAUCAGACCCCAAUGGCCAGUACACUUUGGAGGAGAUGUGCCAGUCCGAUGAAUGCAAGGAACUACUGGGUCAGCUCCAAAGGCAGGCAUCGCUCUAUGACAGUUGCCUCUUGCCUUGCGUGGAUGCUGGAUUGAUCCAAUGCAUUGGAGGGGCCGUCUCCCACAAUGAGGUGGAGGACUUGGGUGUUGCAAUCCAGAACUACCUAGAGGAUACCCGGCUGUAUUGGCUAGAGGAUUUGCGGGCAGCCAAUGCAGACCUUGAACAGUGCCUUAAAGCCACACCCAAGCAGACUCAGAAGAAGGAUGACGGACCUGAUGAGUGGGUACCAUGGAUGCACUUGCCAUGGAUGCAUUUGCCAUGGAUGCACAUCAUUUUCACGAAUGCGCAGUUGUUGCCACUGGACAUCCCUCAGGUGAGGCAGCAGCUGCGACAGGAAGCAUGUCUGAACCUGGCCAUGUACAAUGACGAGGGCAGGGACUAUGCAAAAAAUCAAGCGACGAAACUGGGCCGACCCUUUGCUUAA